AUGAGGGCCAUACGCUACUAUGGGCCGGCUGACAUCCGCCUCGACGAGGUCCCGGAGCCAACGCCCGGUGAGGGGCAAGUAAAAAUCAAGGUAGCAUGGUGUGGCAUAUGCGGCUCUGACUUGCAUUCCUGGCACGAGAUUUUGCCGGUCUCUCCGACGACGACACAGCCCCAUCCAGUCACUCACGAGACGCUGCCCGUGGUCAUGGGUCACGAGUUCUCUGGCACGGUCGUGGAACUGGGGCCAGGAGUGGAUCCCGCGGGUGUCGCAGUCGGCGAACAUGUCGUUGUAGAGCCCAUUUUGUCGUGCAUGCAAGCGAGCUGCCCGUUCUGUUCGGCAGGGGCACGCAAUCUUUGCCGCAACUUAACAUUCAUUGGAAUAGGCGGCCUAGGCGGUGGUUUAUCAGAGUACAUCUGCGUUGAGCGGCGCCUCGUCUUCCCCUUACCUCCGAAGGUUCCACUGGACGUCGGAGCAAUGAUGGAGCCGCUCUCGAUUGCUUGGCAUGCGGUGAAGAGGUCCAACUUCAAAGCCGGCGACAGCGUUCUCAUCUUGGGAGCAGGCCCGAUCGGGCUCCUCACCUUGAGAGUGGUGCACGCGUUGGGCGCAACAUGGAUCGGUGUAUCGGAGCCGGCGUUAAAGCGUCGGGAACUGGCACUGCAGAACGGCGCGACCGCCGUGUUCGACCCCACCAGUCGCGCAGUCGAUCUCGUCGCGGAGACUCUCAACGCGACAUCUCAACGCGGUGCCGACGUUGUCUUCGACUGCGCCGGAAACCAGAGGACUCUGGAUACAGCGUUCGUUGCGGUCAGACCCCGCGGCAGCAUCAUGAACAUCGCGGUGUGGGGGACGCGCCCCUCGCUCGAUAUUGGAUCGUUGACAGCUAAAGAGGUUUCCCUGAGCAGCGUUCUUGGAUGUGAUCGCGUCCACGCGGAGAUGCUGGACGCUGUGGCAGACGGGCGAUUCCCAGUUGAUGGCCUAGAGAGCCUGGUCACGCGUCGUAUUCCGCUCGAGGACCUCGUCGAGAAAGGUAUAAAGGCCCUUCUACACGAGACAGACAAACAUGUCAAGAUACUGGUGUACCCGGACCUGAAGCCCACUGCGAGCGGAGCGAAGAUGUGAAGAUGUGCUUUAUAAAUUGUUGGAUCGCGCGUCCGACGGGAUUGAAAACGUAACCGGGAUUGUACGAUAAGUAGAGCAUGUACGAUAUCAAAUUUAGCCGCC